GCUAGCUAAAGACCCAAAGCACCACCUGCAGAUUGAGAGGUUAUUCGUGGAGUUGCAACACGUUACCCAUCACACACCUCGACUCUUGUGGGGAACAACUGAUCAUAUGGCUGGCCGGUAUGAUGUUGAUGACUCUGGGUGGCUGGAAGUGAUGGUUAUCAAUGGCUACGCCGUGUUCCUGGGGUACCUGCUGAUGGGCGUAAGGGCGUUGGGCGUCUUGAUAGUAACGUGGACCACUGUCGUCCUGCUCGGUGGCUUCGUCUCUGACCUUCAGAACAAGGACUUUUGGUGUCUCACAGCAAUUACGCUCAUCCAAACUGCUGGGGUCUUCAAUUUCCUUUUAAAGGAAAAGUUAAGGGACGUGUUGAAUUUUUUGCUUGGUUUGUCGGCUGCUAUGCUUGCGACGUUCGGCGACGAAGAACGAGAACCUCAAACGAAAAACCAAGUGAUAGCAUUUAUUCUAUUGGUGAUUGAAGCACUUGUGCUCAUUAUCAUAUUAUGUCCUCUUGGGGUUCUCUACCUGCUAGGCUUGUAUAUCUCCGCUGGAGUUUCAUUGUGGCGUCUGAUAGAGCCCGACUUCAGUAACACAGGGGGUGCCAAUCAGAAGGCAGCUCUGCAAGUCCUCUACAGCUUAGCAGUGGCACAAUGCGUGCUCUUCGGUUACAAGACCAUAUAUGCUCUUGGGGCAAGAAAUAGGCUCGCCAAAAUAGCAGCAACAGGGCUUGGCACGGUGGACGAGGAGCUAGUUGCAGAGUACCUAGAGGAGACCGUAGCAGGGUGCGAGAAGGAACCGUCGUUCGCGAGAGGAAGGAACCUUGUCACGCAUGCCGUGGACUUGAUGGAAGCUAAGUCAAAUGAGAGUUUCAUUGCUGGGAUAAGGGUUCUGAACUGGACAAUCAAGGAUCAAUUCUCGGAGCCCGAGAAUGGUCGUAAGGUGCUAGCGAAACAACUGCUGACUAGAUUGGAUUCCUGGAGCCACAUGAUGCAGAGACUGCUAGAGGCAGUGGGUCCUAGGAGCCCAUAUAGCAGAGAGGUCAGGGAGCAUGUGCUGAGCAUAAUGGAUUUUGUUGUCCGUGGCAUCCAUUUGGAGCAGUUCCCACGGGCGAUCGAGUGCAUGUCUUCCAUGCUUGAGGAGUCUAAUCAGCAGCUAGACAGCAGAUAUGGUGAUAACAGACUCAAGGACUAUGAGAGAGUCGAGCUGCUUGAGGGAUACGAGCGAGACUACCUAACAGAUGAGCCUGAUUGGAAAGAUUCUCCUGACAUCUUCGUGAGAAGUCUAAUACAGUGGCUGGUCCAAUGCCUUUUGUGCAAAAGAGAAGCAACGAAAAGCGAGAGAAAGGAGAUUAUUAGGCGGCCAGUCACGGGCUUCGACGCGCUGCUUACGGAGGCCGUGAGCAUCAUCCACCAGCUCGCAGCUGACGAGGGUAACCGAGGGAUUAUGAGCAGAGACACCGUCCUACAACGCAAGAUUGCCAUGGCGCCUCUUAGACUCCACAGGGACAAUCACGAUGCGUGCAGCUUAUCUCAGAGGUCAGAGCUCAAGAUGGUAGAGAAAUGCUGGGCACUCACGGGAUCGCUCGUGGCUACUACUGCUGCUGCUGCUAAUAGAAGUGGAGAAACAAUAAUACAAGUGGAUGUGGCAGAGGGGGAGGGAGAGGGCCGCCUCCUGUCCAUGGUUGGGAAUGCGAUCAUCAACAGUGUCAAAAGUAUUUUUGACUGCCUCGACUGCCGAGCGACGCAGAAAAAGCAAGCCAUACAAAUUCUCCUACAUCUUUCUUUGGAUAUGUCCUCUAUCAUGGACGGUGAAAGCAGGAAAAGAAGACUCACCUGGGUACUGCUACUUAUCUCUCAAUUUGAUUAUGAUGACUCCGAGGGCUGGAUGGUUUCCGGUUUCACAUAUGGGAAUAAUAAGAGCAUGCUGCCUGACGUAUCUAGCAUCCAGAAUUUAGCAGGUGAAAAGCUGUCGGACAUGCUUCGGGAGAAGCACGAGCUACCUUCAGAAGAAAGUAUGACUGAGUUACAAUCAAUUCGUCUUGCUCUCGGAGACAUCGCAAGUGCAUUUUCCGAUGACGAUGAAGAAAUUUCAGUCAGAACACAUGCAGCAAUAAUCUUGGAGGGUCUAUGUGCUGCUGCUCCACGCUUGUGGUCCCAUACUAGUAACGCCUACAUGGAAGCCAGGAGAAUGUUUGUCGGUGUGAUUCCAAAGGUGGUCAAUGAAAUACUAAUUCGUUGUGCGUCACAAGCACAGCCUGCUCAUGACGUUGAAGAAGGUGAUGUCUCAAAGGAUGCCUAUACGGACAAUGAACGACUCCGGAAAUCCUUGGUAUCCUUGUGCCGGAAUAUGGGGCACUUUGCGGAGUUUGAGAAGACUGCAUCUAAGAUAUGUGAGGAACAAGGGAAGUCUCUCAAGUAUUUCGAAUCACUCUUAGUUUGAAUACACAUUCACCGUACCUGCAGUGUUCUGUUUAUUAUGUUGAUCCAAGUCCUCACAGAAAACUGCGUAUCAUAUGACGAUGUGUGGUGUGUCUUGUAUGGCCUUGAAUAAUUGAAC